GUAGUCUUGACAGACUUGUUAAUAAAGGAAAGUGCACUUGAUAUGUUAGAUUUACCAAUCAAAUUGGAAUAUGGUCGAUUAGGCAAACUCGUCCUAAAAAUUCCAUUCAAGGAUAUGUGGAAUGGACAAAUUGACGCAGUUGUCGAAGAUUUGUUUAUAUUAAUAGUGCCAACAAGCCAAGUCCAAUAUGAUGCUGAAAAAGAAGCAAAGGCUCAACUGGAAGCCAAAAGGGCCGAAAUUGCGAGAGUUGAAAGAAGCAAGCAGUUGGCUGAGCUCAAAUCCAUGGAGAAAGUCGACGAUUCCAUGAUGGAAAAACUCAUCGCCCGUAUGAUUAAAAAUAUCCACGUAGAAAUUAAGGGAAUUCAUGUGCGAUAUGAAGAUCACAUAUCGUUUAAGGAUCUCUCCUUUUCCUGCGGAUUUACGUUAAACAGAUUUGCAUUGGAGAGUUGUGACGCUUCUUGGCUAACAACUGGAAAUCUCAAAGACAUGUAUGCGAUUCUGCAAAUUUUCAAACUCUGCACAAUGGAUGCCUUUGCUGUUUAUCUGAACCCUACAACAAAGCUUUUUAGCAAAGAACCUCGAGAUAGUUAUUUAAAAAUAUUUUCGGAAUCGAUUGCAACUGCAGAUCGCAUACCGGACGGGUAUCAAUAUUUGGUGGGGCCGAUAAAUGUAAAAGCGAAAUUGAAAUUGAAUCCAAAGCCAGAAAUGGAUGGUAGUAAUUAUACGAUACCAAAAGUGUGGCUCGAUCUUGAAAUGCAAAAAUUGAGAAUAGGAUUAACCAAAAGACAGUAUCAAGCUUUGAUGCAGUUGGGCGAAGGAUUAGAUCGAGCUAAUAAAGCUGCGCCUUACAGAAAAUAUAGACCUCAUCUGACAUCCUAUAGAGGACACUACAAAGAUUGGUGGCACUUUGCUUAUAAGUGCAUAUUGGAAGAGCAAGUUCGAAGAGCCCAGAGAAACUGGGAUUGGACUCAUAUGAAAAGUCAUCGCGAUACUUGCAGAAAUUAUGCAGGGCUGUAUCAAUCAAAAUUAACGACGAAAAAGUGCUCCGAGGAUGUUGAAAGACAAAUCACGGAAUGUGAGAGAAAAUUAGACAUCUUCAAUCUCGUCAUUAUCAGACAGAAAAUUGAAAUGGAGGUUGAAAGAUUGGCAGAAAAGGAAAAGAGUUUGAAAGCAAAGAAAGGAUGGUUCGGAGGGUGGCUUUGGAGUGCAACGGCGAAUGAAGAAGAAUAUGAGGGACUACAUUCUGCGGCCGCAAUUAUGAAGAAAUUCGAAGAAGCGAUGACCCCGCAAGAAAAGGAAAAGUUGUACCGAGCUAUUGAUUAUCAAGAAAAUACCGCCCCAGCUCAUUAUCCAGAAUCUUUUGAGAUGAUCGACACUAGAUUUUUCCUUCACGGACUUGUAAUUGUUGUCCUUGAUACUGAUAAGGAAGCUCCACAGGUUCUGGAUCUGCAAUUCAAUAACGUACAAGCACGGUUCAAAUCUAGACCUUCAGCUAAUGGAAUUUCGGUUACUGCAUCCAUUGGUGACCUUAAACUGCUGGGAGUACAACAAGGAGAAAAAGUACCAUCACUAUUUAAUUCCGCUCGAGACUCUUCAGAAGACACUUUGUUCUCCGUUUCGUACGAAAAAAAUCCUCUUGAUAAACUCUGCGGUGACAGAAUUAUUGUAAAAUCGACAUCGGUGCAUAUUGUCUACGAUGCUCAAACUAUCAUCGAAUUGAUCGAUUUGUUCAAAGUUCAGGACCCGACAACUUUGAAUCAGCUCCAGGCUGCUGCGGCUGACAAGUUGGAAGGCCUAAAAGAAAUGUCUGCUUUAGGUCUGGAAUAUGCUAUCGAGAAACAUUCUGUCCUCGAUAUUCAGGUGGACUUGAAUGCAUCACAAUUAAUAAUACCUUAUGGUGGUUUUUACAACGGAACCGAGUCCUUGUUUGUCAUAAAUCUCGGUAGUUUGAAAAUUCAUUCUCUAGAAAAAGCCAAAGACGAUGCCUCGCACUUAUCUGUUAAACAAUUGGUCAGCAUGGGUAAAAGCGAAGAAGAAAUUUUGACACAUCUUCGAUUGUACAGUUACGACAAAUUUGUUCUGAAGAUAGUAAAUUUUCAGGCUCUUGUUUCGAUGCCAAAUGAAGAUUGGCGAAAUGCGUUAUCGGAUGCAGUUAGUCCAAUGAAAAUAUUGCAGCCGACUACUUUGGAAGUACAAUUUCACAAGUGCCUCAUAAUGGACGAUCCCCUUUUACCCAAAAUAAGACUCAUCGGACAAUUGCCUUCGGUAGAGUUUAAUGUCACGGAAAAUCGAUUACUGGAAGGACUUGCAAUCGCACAAAGUAUUCCUUUCCCAGAAGAUGAUCAGCCAGAAGUUGCGACAUCUUUGGCAAAGUCUUUAUCUCAGCUAUCAUUAUUCAAAGAAUUCACAACGAGUAACAAUAAAGCGGAAAAAGAGAAAGGCACAGACAAUUCACCUGUAAAACAAACGACAGAUUUGGAAGCGAAAUUCAUUAUGAAAGAGCUCACGAUUACCAUUUCGAAACAGAAUAAUCAGCAAACAUCUCCCUUCCUGAAAUUCCAGCUUCUCAAGCUGGAAGCGGAAAUGCUGCAGAGAACUUAUAAUCAGGAGGUGAUGCUGAGAUUGGGUGGCGUUCAAGUGAAACAGUAUCACGAAAGUGGCGAAAUUUUUAUGAUCAAUACCCCGAUGACGACUGGAAGCGAGGAAUAUUUAAUUGUCGUUCGAUACGUGAAUGUAAAUAAACGCUCACCAGAAUUUACGACUCGGCACGGUUCUGUCGCCCAAUUGCUGGAAAUGGAAUUUACAACUUUGGACGUUUUACUCCAUCAGGAAGUUCUGAUUAAUGUUUUGAAGUUUGCCUCCAGCAUUCAAGAAAAAAUAAGUGCCACAACUGCAAUGGUCAAUGAGAAGAAGAUAAAGCAGAAAGUUAAUCGGACAGCUCAUUUGUCAACAAUUCAAGAAGACGCCACCACCUUCUUCAAGGAACAGAUUCAGAAACAACGCGGCAAAGUUACUCGUCGUAAAAAGGCACUCGCUGAGAUAAUUGAUUUCAAAGUGAAGGCCAAAAUGGGAACAAUAGGUAUCAAAGUGACAAGUGAUUUUCGAGAUAUUGCAAGCUUUUUUAUAAAGGGACUCACGGCUGGGUAUAUUAUGAAAGCUUCACAUUCGCAGGCUAAUGUUAAUCUCUUUUCGAUUAGCAUCAAUGAUCUUAAUGAUUCUUCAGUUUAUAAAAACAUUGUGUCGGUAGAAGAUACAGAAGCACUUCAAAUUCAAGCGAUCAUGAAUAAUUUAGAAGAGUGGGAAACUGAGAAGAAUAAUAUGUCUAUCAAAGUCAUAAUGGGUUGUCAUCGAGUUGUGUUUCUCAAUGCUUUCGUCACUGGCGUAAUGAACUUCUUGAACAACUUUCAAACUGCUCAAGAAGCUAUUAGAGAAGCUUCAGCAGCGGCGGCUGAAGUUGCAAAAACAAAUAUCAAAGAUGUCCAGGAAAGGGCUACUCGUAUACAAUUGUCUGUAAAUAUUAAGGCUCCAGUCAUUUACGUGCCAAAGAAUUCAAAAAGUGACCAAUGUUUAAUGUUAGACAUGGGUAAUCUCACCAUAGGCAAUGUUUUUAACAAAUUGGAAGUGAAUAAUGAUUUAGGAAGCUUCCCAGUGAUUGAUGAAAUGAAGGUUGAGUUGCAGAAUUUGAAAUUGUCAAAGAUAACAUUGAAUAUCGACUCAUUCACAGAGGAAAACGAGGUGCUUUUACUGCAACCUGUGAGUUUCACGCUCCUCUUGAAGAGAAAUUUAUCCACUUCGUGGUAUAGAUCCGUUCCGGAUAUCGACAUGUCAGGUCGGUUGAAUAAAAUCAAUUUGUUGCUCAGUCAGGAAGAUUAUGCAAUGAUUAUGAAUGUUUUGAGCGAGAAUCUGGGAGAGACAAUUGAGGAGCCUCACACGAAUCAAGUGGCGGUAAAAACUGAUAGGAAGUCGCAACAGGUCGACGAAUUCCGAAGGAAUACAGUUUGUAAAGCGGAAGCUGAAAUUGUUGGCAAGAUAGAAGCGGAAGAAGACUUUAAAGAGCCGGGACAGGCUCACACAUCGAUUCGAUUUGAGUUUAUAAUGGACAGCCUCGAGAUCGAAUUAUUCAUGGGAGGAUCAAAAGUGCCCCAGUCGAAAAAUUCUCCCUUGCAUCUCCCGGAAAGUGGAUUAGCAAAGUUCAGCUUAACUUACUUUGCGCUGAAAGGUCGAAUGUUUGACAGUGGACUCUUAGCGACAUCCGUUAUUCUCAUGGAUUGCACAUUGGAUGAUACUCGACAUUCUAGACAGGGUUCCUUGACCAGAAUCAUGGAACGCACUUCUGAAGUCCCAGUUAUGGGCGAGACUAGUUACGAGAAAGAAAAAAGUCCCGUGAGAAGUAUGCUGGACGUGACUAUAAAAAAAGGAUUGAGUGAUAUCUUUGUGGAUAUUCGCGUCUUUUCGUUCAGCAUAAUAGUCUCUCUAGAUUACUUGAUGAAAGUUAAAGAUUUUUUUGCCGCUGCUGCUGAAAGUUCGAAUCAACAAUCUACUCAAGCGGCACUAAAAGUUCCCGAGACAGUUGCUAAGAAAAAAACAACGGUGCAAACUUUGCCUCCAGAUCCACCCAAAUUUACAGUUAAUAUACACAUCGAGAAACCUGAUAUCAUUCUUCUGGAAGAUAUGGACGAUAUUGAUUCCAAUUGCAUCAUUCUCAACAAUGAAAUACUGCUGAAAGUGCGAAUGAUGGGAGAACAUCAAGUGAUAUCAGGAUCGAUAAAAGAUUUGUCGAUCACGACCGGAAUUUAUAAUCCGCAGAAGAGAGCGGAUUCGAUGUAUGAAGUUUUGAAGCCAUGUAGUAUAAGCGUGGCAGGUUCGACACCUGAAGCUGAAGGCUUGCACUUGGACGUUUGUUUCACGGAUAUUCACGUCUCAGUUUCGCCGGGAGUCAUUGAAAUUUUGAAUAAAGUUGUUCAAACGGUGACUAAGAAGGACGAGGAGGACAGUGAAGUUGAAAAACCCGGACCUAGUCACGAGGGUCUUUGGCUAAUAACUCCUUUUGAUGAAAAAGAUUACUGGUUCUUGAAAACAGAAGUUGGAGUGGAAGCCAUUGAAGAUAUGAUUCUGAAUGAUGAGGAAUGCAUAACCGUUUAUAAACCGGAAGUGGCCAUAAUUUCUGCGCCUGUAAUUUUACUAACUUUGGAAGCGGGAGUUGGAAACAAAACUCUGCCCAUGCUUUUAUUCCACUUGGGUUUUCAGAGCAGUAUCAAUGAUUGGAGUACCAAAACAAUGAGUUUAGAAUCCACAAUGUCAUUAGUGGUGGCCUAUUAUAACAGUCGCCUUGCUUUAUGGGAACCACUGAUUGAACCAAUAGAGGGAAUACAAAAAGGAAAGCGAAUAUCAACACCUUGGGAACUGAAAACAAAGAUUCAGUUUAAUGAUGUAACUCAAGAGUUUAAAGGGGCAAAUGUAGUUACUCCAAGUUCCGACAGUGAACCUGAAGAGUUGCAUCAAUCUUCAAAAAUGACUAUUGAUGUCGUAUCAACCGAAAACUUGGAAAUGACUGUGACAAAAACAUGUUUGGAUGUACUGAACCAACUUGGAAAGGCUUUUUCCAAUGCAAUAGCACCAGGUGGGAAAUCGAUCAAAAGUAAAAUCGCACCCUAUGUCUUGAAAAACGAGACUGGCUUGUCGAUGACACUUCAUUUGGAAAGCGGUUAUUUUAAGCAGGUGAUGGAAGAAGGAGUAACACCGAUGGAUGAUGAGAAAUCUCUAUACACAGAAGUGAUUCUUGAGUCUGGUGCCUCAAUUGAAUUGGCGCCCAAAUUUCGAAAAGAAGAAGUUAAAUUGCUUGAGGUACUCCGAGCCGAACACGUGAAGCAAACAGCUCAUCACAAGUUUACCAUUUCGUUUAAAGGCAUUGCAGGCAAAUUAGAAAUCCCCGUACUAAGAGCAGAUAAGCGAUUCUUCUCUUUGAAACAUCGAAAAGAAGGAUCCGAAGAAUGGGGAAUAGUUUCUGAUGUCGUAGUCGACGAGGGCAGCACUGUCGUCAUGUUAAGAAGUGUUUUACAGGUUUACAAUCACUUUAAUGUGCCAGUAUCUGUUUAUUAUAUGACAAAACGAGGAAAUGAGGUUGAACGAGUCGGAACUGUAAACCCUGAUGAAGGUUUAAAUCUUCCUUUAGAUGCCGUUUACACCCCUACCAAUAUUUAUUGGCUUUUCUUCAACGUUGAAGGAUAUAUGGUUUCGAUAGAACCAUUUAUUUGGAAAGACUUGCAAAAAACCGUAUCCAUGACAAAACUUCUGAAAUGUGAACCUCGCUCUAAACAGGAAAGGAGUGAACCAUUUUAUGUGCAGGCUGUGGGUGAAAUUGAACAAGUGUAUUUUGAAAAUACGACUCGACACACAAUGGCAAGCACAAUUUACAAUGUUCACUUGUAUCCAUCAGUGUAUCUGAAAAAUUUCUUACCAAUUGAUAUAACCGUUUGCCAAACUGGUACUGCACAAGAGGUCAAAAUAGAGGCUAGUAAGACCUUACAAUUGUCCACGAUAGAUCCCAGUAAAUCGACGAUCGUCAUCAAGCUCUCUCAAUAUUUGGAAAAAGACUGGUCUUGCAAUGUUGAUAUUUCUACGGACCCGCCAGAGUUUUCGGUUUGGUCUUUCGAAUCUUUCGACAGUGCACAAAAAGUAGUUAUGGACUUAGGAAUACAUUCAUCGUUCAAACAUGGUUCAGUAAUAAUGGCUAUUUACUGUCCAUUCUGGAUGUUAAAUAAGACUGGAUUGAUGCUUUCGUACAGAAAAUCGAGUAAAGGUGGAAAAACCCACUCGAGUCCAAGAAAGAGCACAGAGGAUCAGUUAAAUGUUUUGUAUCACCCAGAACAAUUCAAAGGACCAAUUCUCUUUUCUUUUAAAUCGAAAGCAUUUUUUGGAAAGAAAAAAGCGAUGAUCAGAGUCGAAGAUGGAGACUGGUCGGAUAAAUUUUCGAUAGAUGUAGCAGGAAGCAAAGGAGUUGUUUCGUGCAAAUACAAUGAUAUGAUUUAUCAGAUUGGGGUACAUAAUCAAUUGACGUAUAAUUCCUUAACAAAGCAAAUCACCUUCACUCCUUAUUACGUUCUUAUAAACAAUGCAAGCUUCCUCAUCGAAUGCCAAGAAGGAGAUCGACCAGCUGAUCCUGUUAUUCCGAUUCCUCCGGGAGAAUGCACUGCUCUCUGGCCGCGUUCAGAUCACGAAAAUAAAACACUCAAGGCAAACGUGGCCGGUCGUCCUGAGAAGACUGCCGCUUUCCUCUAUACGAAUGUUCAUACGACUUUGUUGAAAUUAGACAAUAAGUAUGGAGGUAUAGAUGUAGACAUCCAAAUCAAUGAGGGUGGAAUUUAUAUUUCACUGUCGGCCUACAAUCCCGGAAAUGCUCCUGCUUUAAUUAUCAAUCACACCUCCCACACAAUCCACAUUUGGGAAAAAGGAUCAAUAAACGUCAGGUCUAUUCAAUCAUUCAAUCGAAUGUUCUAUACGUGGGAAAAUCCAGCAGGACCGAAAUUAUUGAUGUGGGAGGACAAUAACAAAAGAGAAAUCGAGGAUGAUCUCAGAAAGGACAAUUUGGGAACUUUCCAAUUACAAGACAUUGACCAGGAGGUAUUCUAUGUGUCUUUUCUGGAUGGUACUCAGAGAGUACUCCUGUUCACAACAAGUUUGAAAAUAGCAGAAGAUUGUCAGCUGGCUGGCGAUCUUGAAACUCUUGAUCAGGAAAUAACAUUGAGUAUACACGGAGUUGGAUUGUCCCUCGUAAACAAUGUUACUAGAGCCGAACUUUUAUAUAUGUGUAUCGCAAGUUCCGGUAUUAUUUGGGAGAAUCGAAAAUCGGCUGGAAGUCGCUGGCGUGCUUUGAACACGUGUGAAGUCAACCUAAUCGAAGAAGGAUAUCAGCGUUAUAUGAGAGAACUGCAAAUUGAUAAAGAAGCGCCAUAUCGAGUGAUGCUUGAGCCGAAACUUGAGGUGGAUUAUUUGAAUAUGGAGAUGCUGAAGCCUCAUCGUCGAUAUAUGCGACGAACUUUUCAAACUGGUUUGUGGAUUCAGUAUCGAACUUCAGUCCACCAAGUCCAUCUGCACGCGAAAAUUAAUAAACUUCAGAUUGACAAUCAGCUCUCCGAAUGUAUCUUUCCUGUCAUUUUGGCACCUGUACCACCGCCAAAGAGUGUCACUCUGAGCACAGUUAUGAAGCCUUUUGCUGAACUCAGUAUGGUGAAGCGAUUGCUAGAACACAGUACUGUCCAGCAAUUCCGCUACUUCAAAGUUCUUGUCCAGGAAUUCCACGUGAAAGUGGACAUUGCAUUUAUGAACGCUUUGGCUGCUUUGUUUGAAGCUGAUGAAGCCAACGAUUCACAAGAGAGCGAGCUCUUCCAAACUGAUAUGAAGUUGGUAGACGAACCUUUGAUGCACCACGUGAGCUUGAUCACAACAGCUGAGCAAAAGAAUUUCUUUGAUUUGCUUCACUUCUCUCCUUUGAAGAUUCACAUAAGUUUUUCAAUGUCUGGAAGUGGCGGUGAAUCGUCUGGAGUGCCUCAAGUCCUAAAUGUCUUGCUUCAAGGAAUUGGAGUGACUUUAACGGACAUAAACGACAUUGUCUUCAAGUUGGCCUACUUUGAGAGAGACUAUGUCUUCAUGACACAUAAGCAACUGAUUUCAGAAGCGACCAAUCAUUAUGUCGGACAGGCAAUCAAGCAAGUCUACGUUUUAAUUUUGGGUCUGGAUGUUAUCGGGAAUCCGUAUGGUCUCGUAGUUGGCACAAUGAAAGGAAUUGAGGACUUAUUUUAUGAACCCUUCCAAGGAGCAAUUCAGGGACCUGGAGAAUUUGCCGAGGGUUUGUUCCUCGGAGUGAGGAGUAUGCUAGGACAUACCGUGGGAGGAAUGGCUGGUGCUGUUUCUAAAAUCACGGGCGCUAUGGGCAAAGGUCUGGCAGCUUUGACUUUUGAUAAAGAUUAUCAAAGGAAACGGCAGGAGCAACUUAAUAAGCAGCCGGCCAAUCUUCAAGAAGGUCUUGCUCGAAGUGGAAAAGGAUUAGUAAUGGGGGUCUUUGACGGAGUCACCGGCGUGGUAAUGAAACCAAUAUCAGGUGCGAGAGAAGAGGGCGUGGAAGGUUUUUUCAAAGGUUUUGGCAAAGGAAUGGUUGGCCUCGUAACUAGACCAACUGCUGGAGUUGUAGAUUUCGCGAGUGGAUCAUUUGGAGCCGUUAGACGGUGUACUGAAUUGAGUGAGGAGGCAAAACGAGUUCGACCACCCAGAUUCUUCCAACAGGACAAUUUAGUGAGACCUUACGUGCGCACAGAAGCUGAGGGUAAUAAAAUUCUCUGUGAAUUGGAGAAGGGAAAGUAUGCCAAUACUGAUAUUUAUUUUUAUCAUAUGUACAUAAAUAAAGAUGUAGUUCUUCUAACGGAUAAGAGGAUAGCCUACUUAGAACGAAGUGAACUUUUCGGUGGUUGGAAGGUUAGUUGGUCACAUACGUGGCAAGAAGUGAGUGAGUUAACAUCGAUAGUGGACCGAGGUGUUCAACUUUGUAUUAAAGAUAUGCAGAAAAAAAAGAAAUUAGGAAAGUUCUUCGGCGGCGGCGAGCACAUAAAACUCCUCCUCAUUCCUGAUUAUCAAAUAAGACAGGUCCUCUGCAAUAAAAUCCAUGAUCAAAUUCGAUUAAAUGAUGUCUAAGGCACUAUACCUUCCGGUUCAAAUAAACCAGUUAGGUAUGUCUUAGAAAAAUAGCAAAUGCUUGCAAUUAUUGUUAAAAACAAUAUAUUAUCUUCCGAGGCUUCGAAGAGACUAACGAAAAAAUAUCAAUGUAAGUUUCUUAGAAUAAGUUGAAAUUUG